UACGAGUAAAGUAAACAAACAAACCUUAACCGGUAUAGAGUGAAAUAAAACAAUUCUAGCGAAUAUUAAAAGUAAUUGCUAAUUAAAUAGGCAUAAAAUGGUGUUCAAGUAUUCACAGAUAUGCACAAAUGUGCAACGACAUCACAGAAGACUUUUCUCGUCCACUGCAAACCGGCACAGCACGGCAAGCAAUUUAUUCACGGAAGAACAGCAGCGACAGAAGAAGAAAGUUGGUCGGAUAGAAAAAAUUGAAAUUCGCUAUCUGGGAACACCUACGGAUACAACUCUGAUCAUGAAUCGGGGUCUCUCGACGCCCUACGAUUGUGCCAGGCAUAUCGGUGAAAAAUACUGUCGUUACAGUGCUCUAGCUCUUCUAGAUAAUAACACUCCUUGGGAUAUGCGUAGGCCCAUCGAAGAUUCGUGCACUCUUCAGCUGUUAAACUUUACCUCUUCGGAACCACACAUUGCUAAUAAAGCUUUCUGGAGAUCGUGCUCAUUUCUGUUGGGGGCGGUGCUACAGAGAAGCUUCAAACAGGAAGCCGGACUAUUUUUACACAGCUUUCCCAAGCCAAACAUUAAAACAGGCAGUUUUGUUCAUGAUAUUGCUCUGGCCAAAGAUGGUUGGAAACCAUCCACCGAGGAGCUUCGUGCCCUUUCCAUAGGUAUGAUAAAACUAGCCCAGGAAGAUUUACCUGUCGAACGGUUGGAUGUGAGUAACGAUAUUGCUCUGGAGAUGUUCCGUGGCAACCCCUAUAAGCGGGAACAGAUUCCGAAUAUUUCCGGCCAAAAUAACGGAGUGGUAACUGUAUACCGAGUGGGCGAACACGUUGAUAUCAGCAAAGGACCGAUGAUCAGCUCGUCUGGACUGCUGGGAAAAUGUACGAUAGCGGCAGCACACGCAGUGUCACCGGCAAGCACGAAUCAGCUUGCGUUAUAUCGGAUCCAGGGAGUUGCGCUACCAGUAGGACUUAAUAUAAAUCACUUUGCUUACGGUAUUCUGGAGGAUCGCGCAAAGAAGUUGAAUCCUGCCCGGCUUCCGAAUGAACCUUACGAGGAUGCUGUAUCCGAGCAAGUAGCAUAAGGUCCAUGCAUUUUUGUUGUAUCUGAGAAUUUGUAGAUAAUAGAGUCUUCUAAACGGUA